ACCACUACUUAAUACUUUAUCGCCCUUCUCCAUUCGAAUCUCAUACCCUCAUCUCUCCAAGUCUUAAUGUCGGCAAGAGCAUUUCUCCCUUAUUCCAUUGCGAUAGUUACUCCCUUCACCAAAAGUGGCGCUUUUGAUGCUGCUGCUGUACCAGGGGUGGUUGAAUACUACUCAAAGCUCGCGCCAGGUCUUUUGGUUUGCGGCUCUACUGGUGAACAACACGUCCUAAGCAUCGCAGAACGCAAACAGCUUUAUCAGAUCGUUCGCAAAACAACAGGGCCCGAUUAUCCUUUGUACGCUGGAGUAGCUACUUUCAAAACUGCCGACGCUAUUGAGUUAGCUAAAAGCGCAUAUGAAGCUAAAUAUACUGGUAUCAUGCUAGGAUUCCCUCCUUAUCGUAUCAUCUCUCAAAGAGAUGCUGAAUGCUACAUCAAGGACGUGGCCGCUGCAACUCCCUUACCAAUCUUUCUGUACAACAACCCUCGACGCACGGGAUUUGCUUUGGAACCUGAGGUUUUUGUUCGCCUGGCUAAUAGUAUUCCCAAUAUACUUGGCAUCAAAGAGGCAGGAGAUGCCGAGAACGUUAACAAAAUUAAGCCAUUGGUUUCAGAAAACAUCUCAUUCCUUACCGGUAAUGAUACGUCAGUUAUAAACAAUUUCACUAAGGAGGGUUAUAACGGCAUCACCGCAAUCAUUUCUGGAGUAUAUCCCGAAGAGAUGAAACAAGUUCUAGAGCUUGUAGAGCGUGGUCAGGUGGAUGAAGCAAACAAAAUAAUGAAUGAGGUUAUUCGCCCCAGUGUCGAUUUGAUGCAAAGUGCUGGUUUUCUGCCCAGUCUUAAGUAUGUCUUACGCAAACGCGGAGUGCCUGCUGGAUAUUGUCCUCCACCUAUGUUGGAUCCCUCGGAAGAGCAUCAACAGGCUCUCGAUAAGGCUUUCAAUUUGACUGCUUAAUGUUGUCGUCUAGUUUGAUGUUGGUUAUAAAAGAGAUUUGAAUUGUAGAGUUUCCGUUUAU